AAAAAAACAUUAUGGGCUUGGCAGAAUAUGCCCUUAUAUCUAGAAAAUGGAAACCUGCUAUACUUAUUCACAAACCUACUGAACAAUAUACACAAUUAUUAGAAUAUAUAUCUGUAGAAUUACUGAACUCUAGACUAGAAACUAUUGAUGAAUUAGUACGAACUUCUUUUCCUCGAAUUUGGAUUGAUACUUAUCUCUUCUUCUUGGCCAUCUUCUUUGUCUUAUUUGCUGCUGCUCUUUCUAUUGGUCUUCAAAGUAAUAAUCAACGGGAUAAAUUAUGGUAUCCUCUACUUAUUCUUAUUGCUCCUGCCUUUAUUGCUUUUUGGACUUCUAGACGAAGAGGUCUUUAUUAUGGGAAACUCAAAAAGUUCAACGAACUUUUACAAAAAUGUUUGAAGGAAUUCAAUUCUGUGGAUACAGCUCAACAUAUCAAAUGGCAUCAUAGACGAAUACGAGAAGAUGAUACAACGGAAUCAUUGGCUUUAUCUCCACCUUUAUCUCAAUGGCAAAUCAUGUUGGUGAUUGAAGUAUUACAAGUUGAUCCUGAAGAUAUACAUCAACUAGAAGAUCAACAGGGAAUGAUACUACCUUCUUAUCAUGCAGCUAUAGAAGAUCUUGUUUUGGAUGUGGGACCAAGAGAAAAUCAUAAUCGACAACCUGGCGAAAACCAACGUGACCUCAACAAUGUACACCAACAUCAUUUAUCACCUUUAUCUUACCCUCUUCCUCCAGAUUAUUAUAAUAUGACUUCCAAUCCUAUUCCCCCACCAUCCAAUGAUAUUGAAUUGUCCUCUAUUCCCUCGUCUCUUCCACCUAACUACCAUCAUCAUUAAGGUUGUUCAUUAAGGUUCUUCUUUUACCUAUAUUUUUAUUUAUUCUUGUAUACUUCUUUUUUGUACUUUUUUUUUAUAUAUAUAUUACCAUGUAAAACUAUUUCAAUUUUUAUCUCUUUAAUAAACAUUUAUUAUUUUUUG